UCUCUCUCUCUCUCUCUCUCUCAACUACUGGAGAAGCAGCGCGAGCGGAGGAAGAGGAGGAUGAGGAUAAGGAUGAGGAUGAGGAUGGAUGCUAUACCGUGUCGUCUCGUGUUUUUAGCCCUGUUCUUUGGAGCCAGGAUCCAGCACACAGAAGGCUUACAGUGCUUCUGUCACCGGUGUCCGAACCACACGUGUGUCACGGACGGCCUGUGUUACGUGUCCAUCACUAAAUCCGGCGGAUCGACCACACAGCAGACCUCGUGCAUCAGUGAGAACGAGCUGAUCCCUCGAGACCGGCCCUUCAUCUGCGCUUCCUCCACCAAACACGACUCCGGCAUCUACCCCAUGUGCUGCAACACCGACUGGUGCAACAAGAACCCCGACCCCAGCACCUUCACCUUGCCGACACAGAAGCCGCCGGUGUUGGGGCCCGUAGCAUUCGCGGCUCUGAUUGCGGGGCCCGUGUGUGUGGUGUGCUUCCUGAUGGUCACCGUCUUCUACAUCUGCCACAGCCGCUCGGUCCUCCAUCACCGUGUGCCUAACGAGGAAGACCCCUCCAUGGACCACCCCUUCAUCACCGUCGGGACCACCCUCAAAGACCUGAUCUACGACAUGACCACGUCCGGCUCCGGCUCCGGGCUCCCUCUGCUGGUGCAGCGGACCAUCGCCAGGACCAUCAUCCUGCAGGAGAGCAUUGGGAAGGGCCGCUUCGGGGAGGUGUGGAGGGGCAAGUGGAGAGGAGAGGAGGUGGCCGUCAAGAUCUUCUCGUCCAGAGAGGAGCGCUCCUGGUUCAGAGAGGCUGAGAUCUAUCAGACCGUGAUGCUGCGGCACGAGAACAUCCUCGGCUUCAUCGCCGCAGACAACAAAGAUAACGGCACGUGGACGCAGCUGUGGCUGGUGUCAGACUACCACGAGCACGGCUCUCUGUUCGACUAUCUGAACCGCUACACGGUGACGGUGGAGGGCAUGAUCAAGCUGUCUCUGUCCACGGCCAGCGGUCUGGCGCACCUGCACAUGGAGAUCGUGGGGACACAAGGCAAGCCUGCUAUCGCUCACAGGGAUCUGAAGUCCAAGAACAUCCUGGUGAAGAAGAACGGCACGUGCUGUAUUGCAGACCUGGGUCUGGCCGUGCGUCACGACUCUGCCACAGACACCAUCGACAUCGCUCCCAACCACAGAGUGGGCACCAAACGGUACAUGGCUCCAGAAGUGCUUGACGAUUCAAUAAACAUGAAGCAUUUUGAGUCUUUCAAGAGGGCAGACAUCUAUGCCAUGGGGCUGGUCUUCUGGGAGAUUGCUAGCAGAUGUUCUAUCGGAGGCAUUCACGAGGACUACCAGCUGCCGUACCAUGACCUGGUGCAGUCCGACCCGUCAGUGGAGGAGAUGAGGAGAGUCGUGUGUGAACAGAAGCUACGGCCCAACAUCCCAAACAGAUGGCAGAGCUGCGAGGCUCUGCGUGUGAUGGCUAAGAUCAUGAGGGAGUGCUGGUAUGCUAACGGAGCGGCUCGUCUCACGGCGCUGCGCAUCAAGAAGACACUGUCCCAGCUCAGCCAGCAGGAGGGCAUCAAGAUGUAGAGCUUUCCCAUCAUCCUUCAGGGUCUUCACCAGAGGACACAGCACUUUCACUGAACCGCGCCGGACUCCUCUCUCACGGAGCGUCGUGCGCGGACCACACAUUCUGUUAUUAUUUAUACGUGGAUCUGAGUGUGGUUUGACUGUCUCUGUGGGACAGUGUUUGCUCCUGUUUAGUUUCCGCUCAUCGCUGCAGCUCUUCAGGUCGUAGGACUUUAAAUACACCUUUUCUGUUCCUGCAAAAAAA